AUGCACGCUCUGUCAUCGUCGUACGACGUAGCCCCCCCUUUACCUCCUUUCUCAUAUAUCCGACCUCCACGACCAACCAUCGCCGGUAAAAUGAUCUCCAGCACUAUUGAGAUUGAUGCGCCGCCUUCUAAAGUGCGCGAACUUCUGCUGAAUUUCUCAGCAUACCCGGAAUGGCACACGGAAUGGCUUAAAAGCAUCAAGGUCCAGGAUAGCACCAAGACCUCAAAGGAGCUUGUCUGGGGAGACAAGAUUGAGAUCAACAUUCAGAAUUUCAAGUUCGUUGCUGAAAUAAGGGAGAAUACCGAGAGCCUGUUUUCUUGGCAAGGACCACCCGUAUUAACCAUUGCUGGUUUGUAUAAGUUCCAUAUGGAACCGGCCAAUGGCGGUGCGUCGACUGUUUUCACGCAGACGGAGGAUCCUAAGGGUCUCCUUGCGUUUAUCAUGAGCCCCUCGCUGCUUGGGAACAAAGUCCGUGCUAAUUUCGACAUAUUCCUUCGGGAUCUUAAGGCCCGUGCUGAGCAGGCCUAA